AUAUCAAUAAUCAAGAGACUAACAAGACGCACUUUAUUACUGCGUGUUUCCAAAGAUAAUUCCCUUUUCAAGUUUACUACUCGAUCAGCUAAUCGGAAACCCAUACGAUUCCAAUGUCGGAAGGGCAGCCAGCUGACGUGGUAAUCAAUACUCUCUUGUUUUUAACAAAAACUUUGCCCAAAUUAACACCCUUCUGCUUCUUCUUUCAGGCAUCUAAUCCCCCCAUGGAGAUGCCAGACUCACAUAUGCUUUCCUUUGAAAUACAACACUCACUCUCACCUAUGCUAGGCUAUAUUUCAUGGGAAAAGUAGCCCUUUUUAUUCCAUCAUCACGUUAAGUUUCUCGAGAUUUGUAAUAUGCAGCAGCAGCAGCAGCAGCCGCAUGAAGCCCUUCCUACCAUCAGGUCAUUUCUUCCCCAGAUGUUUUCGAUGGUGCGGGAAGCCAAUGAGAAAACUCGUGGGUUUCUGCUUCUAGGCAUUAAUGGCGUCGUAUUUCAUCAAUUGACAUCGGUGACCUCUUAUGUUUUUGAUGAGAAGAGGAAGUUACUCAACUUUGGGGAAGCUUUUAAUAUGUCCCUUCCACCGAUGGUCCAUAUCAGCAUGAUUGUUUUGAGUUUCGCGCUGAAUUAUGUCCUCCUAUUCCGAGUUAACCCUGGAAUACAAUGUAUUCUUCUACUCGUGACCAUAUUAGUGCCGUCGUAUUAUUUUGCUGAACUUGCUCGUAGAGCCGCUGGUAUUGCUGUUGACUUAGGUUCGUACAGGAUGCCCCUCAUAUGGUUUUCCUUUUUCGGGGGCAUCGGCAUGGCGCUGUUUUGUGGUUCAACGGUACUGCUCAUAGUCUUUUUAUCAUGGCUAUUUGCAAGAAGAAGAGGACUGCAAUUCCAAGGAAUAACGGUGAAUGGGGAUUCCAUAAUAGGGGCUAUGAAUGCGUGACCAACUCAUGGACCUCUGUGUUCAUCAAACCAUAUAAUAACUUGUAGUUUGCGAUGAACUUGUUAAUAGUUUUUGUCUCCGGCUGUGAUGAUGUUGAUGAGCUAGCUUUUAGCGGUGAAUUCACCUUUUAACAUGGCCAAACAUAUUUAGGGAUGAGAGAAUAAGACGGAAUGGAUGUUUUAUACGCAUAUCCGUUAUGGGUUUGUUUUGGUGUGUCUUUAAGAAAAAAAAAAUCCUCUAAAAAAAGAUCUUUUUUUCAAAGAUCUUUUAAAAAUGUAAAAAUAAUUAUGUUUAAACAUGAUAAUAUACAAAUAUUUUUUUGUUUAUUUAUUAUAUUACGAGUUUGUUUUGGUGAGUUUUUAAGGAAAUAUCUUUUUUGUGUUAUAUUUUUUUAAAAGAUUUUAU